UAAAGAGAUGCGCCGACCAGACGGCACAGACUUUCUCCGUUGAAGAAUCAGCGAGAUGAAGAGCAGCGCCAACCCGGCACCAUGCGCUCCAGGCUCCCACGGACCGCCUGCUUAUUGCGACUCGUUGCACUCUGCAUCCUUCUCUCCCACACUGCAGCUUAUUUUGGGCUGACAGGUCGGGAGCCCUUGGUAUUUCUACCAAGUCCGUUUUCCAAUGAAGCUCCGACAGGAAAGGCCCACCUGAAGCAGUGCGAGCAGAUGACUCUGACCAGGCGACAGAAGAGGCUGUGUCGCAGGGAGCCCGGUCUGGCCGAGACGCUGCGGGAGUCGGUGCGCCUCAGUCUGCUGGAGUGUCGCUAUCAGUUCAGGAAUGAGCGCUGGAACUGCAGUCUGGACGGCCGGGGGAGCCUCCUGAAGAGAGCAUUCAAGGAGACCGCAUUCCUUCUGGCGGUGUCCUCUGCGGCGCUGACCCAUGCACUCGCCAAAGCGUGCAGCUCGGGUCGAAUGGAGAGGUGCACGUGUGACGACUCCCCCGGCAUCCAGCAUAGAGAAGCGUGGCAGUGGGGGGUCUGUGGCGACAACCUGAAAUAUAGUACCAAGUUCCUCAAGAAGUUCCUCGGCCAAAAGAAGGUCAGCAAGGACCUAAGGGCUCAAGUCGACGCCCAUAACAUCAACGUUGGAAUUCGGGCAGUGAAGAGCGGGCUCAAAACAACCUGCAAGUGUCACGGCGUCUCCGGCUCUUGUGCCGUACGGACUUGCUGGAAGCAGCUGUCUCCGUUCCACGACACCGGACGGCUGCUGAAGUACAGGUACGACACCGCAGUGCGAGUGCUGAGUGUCACCAACGCAGCCACUGGAGAGACAGAGCUCGCUGGGCCCCGUCGCCACAGCCAAAGCCUUCGCACUACUGACCUGGUCUACCUGGAGGACUCUCCCAGCUUCUGCAGGCCCUCACGCUUCUCCCCAGGCACAGGCGGCCGGUCGUGUGCCAAAGACACUAGCUGCCAGAGUCUGUGCUGUGGACGUGGUUAUAACACGGCCAUGCGCCUCACCAGCCUGUCGUGUCACUGCCAGGUACGCUGGUGCUGCCAUGUGGAGUGUCAGACAUGUGUGAGAGAGGAGGAGGUGUACACCUGCAAAAACGCAUAACAAAUGAUGAGAUAGAAGAAUAUAGGCUGAAUGCAAAGGCUGGCAAAAGAAUGAUCCAUUGGAAAAAAAAACUGAACUAUAAGCUCCUGUAGACAAUUCAUACAGAGGUCUCACAACAGAGCGUGUCUGUGCAGAUCUCCCCUCUGACCUGCAUGUUAUUUCGGGAGGAAAACACAAAUGUAACUUUAUAACAAUGCUGGUUAUUUGCUAAUCAUCACUGAUUUGAUAUGCAGCAGCUUACUGUAGGUGAGUUUUCAAACUGCUCUGCUUUUCUUUCGCUGGAUGCACUGAAAGCCUCUGGGACGGAGGGAAACAAGCUCUUAAACAGGUACUGGACUGAACUGGACAGCAGUAUGAUGCCAAACCCUGACUGCAAGGGAGCUCUGACAGAGACUUUGUUGUAUUGUAAUUGGCCCCUUCCACUUGACUAUUUAUUGUAUCAGUCAUUGUGUCUGUUGUACUGCUGCUUUAUACUUUAACCUUCUUGUAAUUGCCACUGAGGCUAAAAUGGCCUUAAAAGGAAUCCAGCUGUCUGUCUUUCUGUCUGCUGUGGAGAACUUUUAGGAGUUUGUUUCUGAUUAAAAAAGCACUUAAGUUGCUCUUGUUACGUAUUAUAAAAAAGUGUAUAAUUAAUCAUAGAAAAAAAGUUGAAAUAUAUGUUUAAACAGAAUCACUGGAAGCUUCGAGGAGUGCCACUGAUAAACAUUGUAAUAUGUAUUAACAGGGUUAUUGUGUAAAGAAACAAGCUGGGUUUCAGUUGCUCUUAUGGAAAUGUCUAUGGAAAUCUCUACAUGCAGCCUAAUAUGUGCUCAACAGAACAAAGGGAAAUACCCGGGCUAAUAGCGAGGGAACCACCAAACACUGUCUUUGAAAAGAAUGAAAAACAUUUCAUUUCUAAACACACCAGCUCUAUUUUUAGAAGCACACAUUGUGAUUUACUUUCAAGUUUAAAUUGCCCUACUGAACCAUUUCAGGGUCUAAUUUAGCCACAUCUUUGUUCUAAAUGCCUUUGAAGAGGGAUAAUUAUGCUCUUUGUUUUUUCCAAAUUGCUAAUCAAAGAAAAUUCCCAUGUUUACUCACUUAUCCUUACAUGCAAGAAAACUCUAAAGUGUCCAUGUGUGCAGGUCAGAAGUGCACAUUGCACCCCGGAGGUUUAUUUUAUUGGCCAGUAGAUGUUUUGUUUGAGUGAUUCUGAACUGUAUAUAUGAUAUGAAUAUAACUCAUGUCAGGGCUCCAGGCAUAUGACAAUGUGGAAUCGUAAUUUUUCUACCUCACUUCAUCUUUUUGGCAAAUAUCAGCAAGAUUUAUUAGCUAUGCAGAGUUAUGUCCCACCCUUUGCAUUUGUUUUAGAGGUCAUAUUUUAGAUUUUGUAUAGUUCUUUUGAAUUUUGGUUAUACAUAUCUCCAGAUUUCAAAUGUUUUUUGAUGUUUUUUUUAAAAAACCUUUUUGCAUAACAUUCUUAUUUAAAAUAAAUAAGAUUAAUAAAUGGAUGUGGAUUUGUAA